GACGUUUUUCUUUUAUGCUUUGACCACUGAAUGAAAUCAAAAGCCGAAGCUAUGGAUGCUGAUGACAGCCCUCUUCUGUACCCUUCGCUGUAUGAAGACUGUGCAAGGAACCAUUUCAAUGCAGCAGAUGCAAGAUCAAGGAGGCCUUUUCACAUUGAACCAUCGUAUAUUACCAGCGUAAAUCAGGACCCUCCAAGAGUUACAAUGCAGGCGUCGGCGAUGAACAAAAGAAUCCACUACUACAGUAAACUUAGCAACCCAUCUGAGAGAUCUUUGGUGGCUCCAGACCACGUCAUCCCCCCUCCCGAAGAAAUCUAUGUUUACAGCCCAUUAGGAACAGCUUUGAAAAUUGAUGGUACAGAGGGGUCAGAAAAAAACUCCAGUAUUGUUACAAUAUUUAUGAUCUGGAAUACAAUGAUGGGGACAUCAAUACUCAGCAUUCCCUGGGGAAUAAAGCAGGCUGGAUUCACCACUGGGGUUUGUUUGCUGUUCCUGAUGGGACUUUUAACUCUUUACUGCUGCUACAGGGUUGUGAAAUCAAGAGGAGCAAUACCCCUCACAGAUACAUCUAAUUGGGAAUUCCCGGAUGUUUGCCAAUACUACUUUGGCUCUUUUGGCCAGUGGUCCAGUCUCUUAUUCUCCUUGGUAUCCCUUGUUGGAGCAAUGAUUGUCUACUGGGUACUGAUGUCUAAUUUCCUCUUUAACACGGGGAAAUUUAUUUAUAAUUAUGUAAAUGAUGUCAACGUUACUGAAGCCGUUUUAAGCACCAACGGUAGCGAAAAAGUUAUAUGUCCAGAUCCUGGGGACACCAGACCAUCAAAUGAAUCUGUGGAAAUAUUUUUGGCUAAUGGCACGGGUUUUGAGCAGUUCCAGACCUGGUGGAAUAAAACCGAUACUGUUCCAUUUUAUCUGAUCGUCAUUUUGCUUCCCCUUCUCAACUUCCGGUCUCCAUCCUUCUUUGCCAAGUUUAAUGUUUUGGGCACUGUGUCCGUUCUGUAUUUGAUAUCACUCGUUACGUUAAAAGCUGCUCGUCUUGGAUUCCACUUACAGUUUCAGUGGACUGGAAUACAAGAUUUUUUUGUGCCGGAAUUUAGGACAUCAUUCCCUCAGCUUACUGGCAUCUUGACACUUGCAUUCUUCAUUCACAAUUGUGUCAUUACUCUACUUAAGAACAACAGAAACCCUGACAAUAAUGUGAGAGAUCUCUCCAUUGCUUACUUACUGGUCGGCUUUACAUAUAUCUAUGUCGGAAUUAUGGUAUUUGCUUCUUUUCCUUCUCCACCAUUGACAAAAGAAUGCAUUCAGCAGAAUUUCCUGGAUAACUUCCCAAGCAGUGAUAUCCUGGCAUUUAUCGCAAGAAUAUUUUUACUUUUCCAAAUGAUGACUGUGUACCCGUUGUUAGGUUAUCUCGUGAGAGUCCAGUUUCUUGGACAUGUCUUUGGGAAAACAUAUCCGAGCAUAGUCCAUGUUCUGGCUCUAAAUAUUACGGUGGUCGGUGCUGGAGUGGUCAUGGCCAGAUUCUACCCUAACAUUGGAGGAAUAAUUAGGUUUUCAGGAGCAGCUUGCGGACUUGCCUUUGUUUUUGUGUAUCCGUCCCUGAUUCAUAUGAUUGCCCUUUAUCGCAGCCAAGAGUUGAAGUGGCCUUCUGCGGUUUUCCACAUUUGUGUGAUCGUUUUAGGAGUGGGUAAUCUAGUUUCACAGUUUUUUAUGUGAAAGAGAGGUUUUCACAUUAUAGUUGGACAUUUGGCUUAUUACAUGACCACAAACUGAAGAGGUAUGGACAGAAUGCCGUGUCUCCCAACAGACUAUUAUAACAACAAUCUCUGCUGUUCAAAUCUACCAUGGUGAAGAUGGCAA